UUAAAAUCGCCCUUUAUACCCCACCCAGCCCAACACACACACACACACAGAGAGAGAGAGAGAGAGAGAGAGAGAGAGGGGUGAUUCUCUCUCCAUCUGAUUCAAAAAGAAAAUGUAGAAAUUUCGGAAAAGAAAACCCCCAAACCAGUAUACUGCUCUAGCUUUUUCGAAAUUCGUUCCAGCCCUAUUUAUCCGUUCUCGACCUUCUCGAUUCCUAUAAAACCCCCUUCCCUUGCCUCCUUCCUCCACCUGCUCCCACUUUGCUCACCAAUCACCGUCUUUUCUACCACCAUCAUCAUACCGCUCCACAGCUCGAUCUCCUCUUUCGCUUCUCCUGUUGACGAAAAGAGAAAGGCAGACUCGAUUUUCCUUCCCUUUCAUUUUCACCUCGAAAACGAAGAAGAAAAACGAACAAGCUACUCCACCACUCAUUGCUCCUCCAACAUGAUAGAUCUCGCCUUUCAGAAAUAAAUUUCGCAUCUUCUUCCUACUUGUUUCUCAACAAACACAAAUGGCUGCCGAUAAAUCCACUUCCAAGGGCCAAGCGUGGUUCUGCACCACAGGGUUACCGAGCGACGUCGUUGUCGAAGUAGACGACAUGACCUUCCAUCUCCACAAGUUCCCCCUGAUGUCCAAAAGCAAGAAGCUUCACGAUCUGAUAACACAGCAAGAGGCAAACCCUAGCACUAGCACCGCUAGACUCCAAAAAAAAUCCUCUGCUACAGCAGAGGAGCAACAAGACGACGAGAUCGAAGAAGAAGAGGAGGAAAACGAGGAGUCCUACUGCCACGUCUCACUCCCGGUCUUCCCGGGCGGCUCGGACGCCUUCGAGGCCGCCGCCAAGUUCUGCUACGGCGUCAAGAUCGACCUCUCGUCCUCGAACGUCGCUCCGAUCCGCUGCGCCGCGGAGGUCCUGGAGAUGACGGAGGACUACGCCCUAGACAACCUCGUCUCCAGGACCGAGAGGUUUAUCUCCCAGUCGGUUCUAAAAAACAUCAAGGACUCGAUUAGAGCCCUAAAAUCGUGCGAGAAAUUAAUUCCUCUGGCGGAGACUCUCGGCAUUGUCGAGAGGUGCAUUGAUUCUAUUGCGGUUAGGGCUUCCUCGGCCGAUCCGACUUUGUUCGGAUGGCCGGUGAACGAGAGGGUUGAGAUCAGCGGUGGACGUCGGAAAACAACCAGCUCCUGGUUUGAAGAACUAGCCUUGCUCAGCCUACCGCUGUUCAAGCGGUUGAUUUUCGCGAUGAAGGCUCGGGACCUGAGUCCCGAGGUCAUCGAAAACUGUCUGAUUCACUACGCCAAGAAGUACAUUCCGGGGGUUUCUCGGUCUAAUCGGAAGGCAUCGUCCUCGUCCUCGUCUGUUCCGACGGAGAGCGAGCAGAGGGAGCUAUUAGAGACUAUAAUCGCGAAUCUGCCGCCGCAAAAGAGCUCGAGUUCUUCGACUGCCACGAGGUUUUUGUUCGGGUUGCUGAGGACUGCGCAUAUUCUGAACGCUUCGGAAGGUUGUAAGGCGGCUUUGGAGAGAAAAAUCGGAUCGCAGCUGGAGCAAGCGACGCUGGACGAUUUGCUGAUACCUAGCUAUUCGUAUUUGAACGAGACGCUGUACGAUGUUCAGUGUGUGGAGAGGAUAUUGGGGUACUUCCUGGAUGGUUUGGAGGAGAGAUCGGCGGGUAGAAUUGAAGGCGAGGAAGAGAAUAGCAGCGUUAGAUCGGCGGCUCUGAUGUUGGUCGGGAAAUUGAUCGACGGUUAUUUGUCAGAGAUCGCUUCGGAUGCUAAUUUGAAGCCGGAAAAGUUUCUUGAGCUCGCUGUUGCUCUGCCUGAGCACGCCAGGCUAUUUGAUGAUGGUUUGUACAGAGCCGUCGAUGUUUACCUCAAGGCGCAUCCGUGGAUAUCGGAGGCCGAUCGAGAGAAGAUAUGCGGCAUAAUGGACUGCCAAAAGCUGACGCUAGAGGCGUGCACUCACGCGGCGCAGAACGAGCGGCUUCCGCUGCGUGCAGUAGUUCAGGUGCUUUUCUUCGAGCAGCUGCAGCUCCGUCAAGCCAUCGCGGGCACGCUCAUAGCCGCGGACAUGGCACCGGAGGACCUCCCUCGGCCCUCGAAUCUGCAAGGAACGGAAGAACGAGGUGACGCGUCGGACACAGCUGAGGGGGCGCCUGCUGUUGCGGCCGAGGCGCCACGGCAGCAGGCGGAAACUAGCGGUGGUGGUGGCGGUGCGACGUGGAGGGCGGCGGUAAGGGAGAAUCAGGUGCUACGGCUGGACAUGGACAGCAUGAGGUCGCGGGUGCAGGAGCUGGAGCGCGAGUGUUCGACGAUGAAGAAGGUGAUCGAGAAGAUUGACAAGGUGGGCCCACGCACCGGGGGCGGUGGAUGGAGGGGGAAGUUUGGGUGCAAGUUCAAGACGCAAGUGUGUGAUUCGCAUGAACGAACGGUUGUUGAAGCUGGAAAAGGACGAAAACCACCUCCGUCUUCAUCAGUAGGCCGUUAGAUACUGUUUCCCUUUCACCCUUUUUUCAUUGAUUUUUAUUGAUUUUCUUUGCUUUUUUUUUUUCCCCCCAAUCGUGGUUAUGUAGAUUGCAAGAACUGUAAAAUUUUGAGCUCUUCAUAAUAUGUGUUAUGUGGUGGGUAGGGUUAUAAAUAAA